AUCCACAAGGACUGCUCUGAGCAAGUGUCACAGACAUGCUGCGAUGGAUCUGGAGACUGAUCCUGACCUUGAUGACUGCCCUCCCAGACCUACAGCCCUGCUAUGAGAUCCGCCUGGCGAAGGUUCGACGUCAGCGGCCGCCGCCUCAGGAUCUGCUGAAUCACCAAUAGCAUGCCAUACCCACAGCCAAUUGAAGCAAGGAGCCCAAAAUAAUGACUGCCUCUCCAAAAUGGAAAGGCAUCCAGUGCCUGCUCGCGAUCUUCCCACGAUGGACGAUGAGUCAGCCAGCGAGAGCACUGGUGUACGAUCAUCUAACCAGGUAGUCCUGCAAGCACCAAUGGUUGAUGUUGCAGGUCCAGAAGGGCACCCAGUGUUGGUCCACCGAACAUGGACCAUGAAGAACUUGGAAAGUGCCUAUGGGCAGUUGCCUGACUCACGCGAGGUUGGAGGUAAUAAAUUCGCUGAAGAAGUGACAAUAUUCUGUAUCGAGUUUCAUCCCAUGUCACAUCACCCACGUCUCCUGGGACCAAAAGUAGGUGCAGAUGGCACCAAAAUCAAGUAUAAAUGGCCAACCGCAAACAUCCACGCCAGAGCCGCUAACCCGCAAGUGGAACAGAACGGAGACUUUAAUGCUUUUGUUGCAGUGCUGGUAACUGCCUGUAGGGAGGCAUUCCCAGUGCAAAUGGACAUGACCAAAAUAGCAACGUGUAAACAGCGAGAAGAUGAGACAGUGUCCCAGUACCUUACAUGCCUCACUGAAGUCCAUAAUGCCCAUAGUGGACUGAGACCACCCGAGGACAUAACGACGGCAGAAAUCACGCCGUAUGAGGCACACCUGACGAACAGCUUCAUCAAUGGAGUGAAGGAUGAAAUAGCGAAAAAGGUAUAAGAUACAUGUAUUACCUGGGACAUGGGAAAGCUGAAUUUGAUAGAACAACAUGCGAUACAUGCUGAAAAAUUGCUUACCCAAGAGAAGUAUGAGCGGAAAUUGAAGAUGAAACAGCAAGCACAUAAAGCUCAGCUUAAUCUGAUGCAGAUGGUUGCCCAGCCGUUGGAGGGAGGUGCUGCAGAAAAAGAGAGCGGAAGAGGUGCUGGCAGAGCUAGAUCUGGUGGGUGCUUUGUUUGCGGAGCAAUGGACCACUGGGUGAGGCAAUGCCCGCACAGACAGUCCCAAUCGGCUCUGGAGGCUGGACAGCAGGGUGACUGACAGGGGAAGGCUGAGGUGGAGGUGGGUAGCCUCUUUCCCUUAUGCUUGGCAAUGAAGACUCACUUUUACUAAUCUCUUCUACUAACCCAAGGGCACUGAAACAAAUCCCACCCCCAUAUUGAGCGUUGAGAUUGCAGAGCAUGAAACAUAUGUUCAGUACAAUGAUGAUGUGUAUAAGUCAAUGCCUACCUCUUAGAGUCAUAGAGAUGUACAGCACGGAAACAGACCCUUCGGUCCAACUCGUCCACGCCGACCAC